AUGCAGCGUCUAAAUGCCAUUAUCCAUGCUCCUCGAUGUCUGCCAUGCCAACUGCCGAGCCGAAGCAGCCGGACUUCCACUCAGAAUGUGCUUAGGAGACAGCACACUCCAGCUUUUGCGGCUUCUGGGGGCGGUCCGGACGACCAAAUCCCUCCGGCCGUCUCAUUCCCAUAUUCGCUCCACCGCCCUGAUCCUCGUUGUCCCACCCGUCCGGCUGUAACGAAGGCAAAAGCCACCACAGCUGCCCAGCUCAGGGGCAGUAUUACUCCGUCCCCUCCUCACAUCUCCACCAGAUUGUCUACUCUUCUCCAAUGCCUUUAA